AGCCGGUCGUUAUCAGCGGAAGAGCAAUAAAAACCGCAUUAAGUAGAUAAGAAUAACUCGAUUAGUGAUGAGCGAUGGGUCAGCGUCGCGCAGGGAAGAUUAUUCGUUGUCUGUUGGUGCGACAGAAUGGGUUUGGUUUUGGUUCUUCUUCUCGCUGUUGUGUUAUCAACGCAGGAUUCAGCGGCAAAAGUGAACGAAAAUCUAACAAAAAUAACGUGGGCACACGCUGUUAACGAUGCAGAGUAUCUGACGCGGGUGUUGGCUGGCGAUAUACAGUUCAUAGAAGCGGAUAUCUCGUUGGGGUUCCUGAAGGAAGAUGUGAAUCAGGAAGCUGAGAUCCCGAUUAUGGCGCAUCCUCCGGCCACAGUUUCAGACAUAUCGCUACAAACAUUCCUAACACGGGUCCUUCAGUACAACCAGCAGGCCGUGAAGCCAAAGGGCAUCAAGCUGGACUUUAAAUCGAUCGGAGCCUUCGAACGUUCGAUUGAUAUAAUACGUAGUAGCUAUGAUAUGGGCAAGUUUAACACGUGGAUCAACGCGGACAUCCUGCCAGGCCCCGUAGACAAUACCGCCACCGUUCCCGUUGAUCCGGCACGUUUCUUCUCCGCUGCUAAACGUUUAGGCAAAGCGACGCUUUCGAUCGGAUGGACCACUCGGUGGGGUGCCGAUUUCACCGAAGGAUCGUAUACAGAGCAGCAAGUUGAUGCGAUGUCCUCGGCAAUCUAUGCGAACAGUAUCGAUAAAGCGGGCAAUGCGAUAACGUUCCCCGUAAGGGCAGGUAUUGUGGCUCACAGUAUCACACAUAUGGUUCGUCUAUUUUGUGCCUUAAAAGAUACCAACAAUGUAACAUUUACCAUAUGGUCAAGUGAAAAUGAUUCCGUAGAUGUAGAAAGGCUUCGCGAGUUCAUCUUCACCAUAGGACUCGAUCGUACCUAUGUCGAUGUGCCGGAAGCGCUGCAUCGUGCCUUGAGGCUGGAUGAAAAUGCGUUUGCAAACACCUGCAAGAAAUCGCUGGAUGCAAGAUGCUUUGAGUGAGCUGCAUCGUGAUCCGCCAAAUAAAACAUGCUAGUAAAAGAAAUUAGAAAUUAUAUGCUUUAAUACAGAUUUUCAUGUUUAGUAGUACCAAAUCCGAUAAGAAUCCGAAUUGUUCUUCGUAGGCUAAGAGUAUACUCUACUUUGUCGUCUGACUAAUAAACAAAAAAAAAAUCGUUUUAAA